AUGGAGCCUAGGCAGCGCCAGGUGGCCGAUGUGUUCUCCGGUAGGAGUGUGCUCGUUACUGGCGCAAGUGGCUUCCUUGGCAAAGUUCUCAUCGAGAAGUUGUUGUAUUCGGUGACCACAUUAAAGAAUGUUUACCUGCUAAUUCGACCAAAGGACGGGCUCGGCCCGAGACAGCGAGUUGAUCGUAUUCUCGAGGGACCAUUGUUCAAUCGCUUGCGCCACCACAAUCCGGAAGCAUUUUCGAAACUAAUCGCAGUUAAUGGGAACAUCCUGGAAGAAGGACUCGGACUAAACCAGUUCGACAUGCAGACCAUUUGUGAUGAAGUUUCCAUUGUAUUCCACUGUGCAGCAACAGUGAAGUUCGACGAGGCACUUCGCAUCUCCGUGGAAAUGAAUGUUCUUGGGACACAGCGACUGGUGGCACUUUGUCAUAUGAUGAAAAAUUUGCUCGUGUUGGUGCAUGUCAGUACGGCAUACGCAAACUGUGAUAAGUCAGAUAUCAUGGAAAUGGUCUACCCACCUCCAGUACCGUUAAAUAAGCUUUUUGAUGCGAUCGACUGGAUGAACGAUGAGAUGAUUGAUGCGAUCACUCCACAUUUGCUCGGCAAGCGGCCGAACACAUACACUCUAACAAAAGCGCUCGCCGAAGUGCAGUUGAUAGAUGACGCAAGACAAUUGCCUUUGAUUAUUAUAAGGCCGUCAAUAAUUGGUGCCAUGUGGCGGGAGCCACUUCCUGGCUGGACCGAUAAUUUGAAUGGGCCUACAGGAAUUUUUGCUGCUUGUGGCAAGGGUCUUCUAACGAACAUGUGCGGCAGAAGCUCAGCGAAAGCAGAUAUAAUACCCGUGGACAUUGUCUCGAAUCUUAUGAUUGUGGCUGCAGCACAAAGAGCCUAUGCAGAGUAA